AUGCUUACCGUUAAAAGGUAUCCGGGUGCCACUGAAUUUAUCGUCCACACAAGCAAAGGAUACGGCACCCAAAUGUUUGCGAUAUGCUUUCUAUCAUUCAGUGUUGGCGUCGCGCUACUUGCCUUUGAACCGGCACCGAGUCUAUUAUUGUGGAUUUCUGGCGCUAUUUUUCUUUCCUCCCUUUUCCAAAUUAUUAGCGGCGUAAACCAUGAAUCUUUACUUGUUGUGCGCGAUUUAGGAAUCCAAACCAAUUGUCAUUCCAUCGUUCCUUGGAAGUCUUCCUCUAAAUUGAUUCCUUUAGACUCUAUUCGAGAAAUAUUUAUUCAUGAAGCCUUUCGAAAAUUCGAUGUUUGUUACUAUAUGGGAAUUGCUAUUGAACGUGAGCCCCAAAUUCAUGUGGUGUUUCCUACCUUGUUGCCUCGCAGAGACGUUUUACAAAAAAUAUACUCUGAGACGUUGCAUCUACUAAAGCAGGAGACUUAG